AUGCUUUGCACUCUCAUCGCUGCAGUGCUCAUCUUGGUGGUCGCACCGCCAGGAGCCCAGGCGGCUGCCAGUCCUUCCAGCUUCCGCUGCCUGCGGCCCUUCUCUGCCUCGGCCACGUUCCCGAACGUGGCCAAGGCGCACCCGGCUCAGAACUGCGACUACUUUUAUUUUAGUGUUGAAGACGCAAAGGCGGAGCUGAAGUGCGCGUCACCAUCGGCUGUCACUACAGCGGUGUCGGACGAGAUGUCCUGCAAUGUGACGGUACGUGUGUCGAUGCGGCGGGCCUCAGACGCCGUGUCACACCUCCAACGGCAAGUGGGCACCGACGAGGACUACUUUACGCAUGAGGCGAGCACGGUUUCCACAACAACGUCGCCCACCCGUAGUGGUAACACGUGCCCGUCCGCGGCGCCGUUCGUGACAGAGGACGAGGACGUGUGGCGCUACGCCGUCUCGCUGAAGGCCAAGGGCGAUUCCUCCAUCCACUACAAGGGGUUCAAUGGAGGAAACGGGUACAGCCUCUGCUGCGCUGCGCUGGAGGAGGCAGACUGCGCGUGGAUCACCCCGCAGAAGGGCGACAAAGACCUCGACUGUGACGAGGACGUCGACGUUGGGUUUGCGUCACAGCGUAGCCGUGUGCUGCGGGGUUGCCCUUUACCAUUUCCUGCACCGUGCAGCGCGGGCGGCGGCGUCUUUGACGCGCCGGCGGGUGCUCGUGUGCUGCUGACGGACCUCGAUGAGGGGGAGAGCAGCGGCGUCUUCCACGCUGUCAUCACGAAACCGCUGCACCGCAUUGUGGAGGGCCCUUGGGAGGUGAUGGUGCAGAUGUGGCGGCGACGCCAGCAGAUGCCGCGAGGUGGCAGAGAGGAUUCCUUUUCCGUCCCUGCUGACCACAGCAUCGAGGCGGAGGUGCUCGGUCGUAUCAUGGUUCCCUUCACGCUAAACUUGACCGAGCUGCAGAAGCAGGCCCUCAUCACGCAAAUACCAAGCAUGGCGCUAACAGCGGAGGACGUCGCAGGUGUGGCGCAGGCGGCGGGUGAGAACGCCGCCGACGAAACUGGUGACCUGUGA